AUGUCUGCUGGCACAGUGGUCAUCGCUGGAGGGAUCCUGGCUGCAGUCAUCCUACUUACCAUCGUAGCUGUGCUGUGUAUAUGUAGACUGCAGUAUUACUGCGGCAAGGGGGGGGAGUCAGAGAAGGAGGAGGAAGAGGAGGAGGAAGGGGAGGAGCAAAGGCUGGUGGACAUGUAUCCGCCUCGCCCCUUGGCCCUGCCUCCACCCCCGACCCCACCCAUCCAGGACCAUUACAGCGACCGCACAGAUUCAGACAUCUACCCCCCUACGUUCCUUACCGAGCCCGACGGCCCCGCCAGCCCCUCCCCCCUUUUCCCCCCACCCCCUCCACCACCGCCCCCCCCUCAGAGGAGGCAGCGCCCGCGCGGCUUCUGCCCGUCGUGCACUCACCGGGCGCUGCCCUUCCACCUCCAGCAUUCAGAGCACCUGUGCAACGGGGCCCGCGGGGAUGUGCUCUACCAAAGCGUCCAGCAGGGGGAGCCAGAGCCGCCCUUUCACCUGGAUGCCUUCCACAACAAACUGGGCUUCUGGCACUCCAGCAGCCCCACCCACUCGCUCCCUCACAGCUUCAGCACCGACGUCUGA